UCUUUUGACCGCAGUUCAAUCACAGAUUUUAAACAGGCAUGAACAAUCUAGUCGGCCAGUAAAACAAGAACGAUCUGACGCACGCCUCCUAAGGAUUAACAAAAUCAAGAUAUCAUGGAAGUUAUACGCAUCUUGGGAGAAACGCUAAAAUACUAUUUAGUAGAUGCAAGAGAUCCAAGAGUAGAUGAUUGGUUUUUAAUGCAAUCGCCUAUUCCGAUCAUUUGUCUACUUCUAGUGUACAAUUAUUUUGUUUUGAACCUCGGCCCAAAGCUUAUGGAAAAAAGGGCACCGUUUGAGCUCAAAUAUCCAAUGAUUUUAUACAAUUUAUCGCAAAUCUGUGCAAAUGGAUAUUUUGUAUUUGAAAGUUUUCGUUUAAUCUGGCUUCCAAGAGAGUACAACCUUUUAUGCGAAGAGGUCAACUAUUCAUCCACCGAUUUCCUAGCCCAAAGGGUUCUUUUUUUCACAUACCUGUUUUUCUGGACGAAAGUGCUAGAUCUGCUCGACACGAUCUUCAUGGUGUUGCGGAAAAAAAACAAUCAGAUUUCAUUUUUGCAUGUUUAUCAUCAUACCGGGAUGGUAAUAGCUAAUUGGAUUUGUACUAAAUACGUCGGCGGCGGCCACCCUGUAUUUUUUGGAACAGUCAAUGCAUUUGUCCAUACGAUAAUGUACUCGUAUUAUUUUCUAACUGCACUUUAUCCUCAAUAUAAAAAGUCAAUAUGGUGGAAAAAGCACAUUACUGAAAUUCAACUGAUUCAAUUCGUUGUGACGACGCUCCACAGCCUUGCGGCUUUGUUCAACCCCAGCUGUGGAUUUCCGAAAUUCCUCUUGACACUUUUCAUUCCUCAAGAUAUCUUCAUGUUCUUCCUUUUCAUGGACUUUUACGUAAAAGCGUACUGGAAAACACCCAAAGUUGACGUCAGCGACAAUCGUGAGAAAACGGUCGAAUGUAAUGGAGAGGAAAAGCUGAAACAAAGAUGAUUUUUCAAAUAUAUAGGAAAUGUUCUUUAUAAAUUUCUAAGGUAUUUAUUAUCUGAACAGAUUCGUUUAUUUUAAAUAUUAUUUCUUCGUAAAGUAUUAUUACUUAAUUUGAACUUUUCAAAUUGCUCUUAACAAUAGCAAAAAAGUGUAUAUAUUGUUAGCUUUAUUUUCUUUAGAAAAUUACUACAGUGUAAGAAAUAAUGUUUAUUUUAAAAACAGCAUGAUAAGUACAGAAAUAAAAGUUGCACUCUUACUUAUUUUAUCAAUCGUUGAUAUUAAAAAGUUAGAUUGCACAUGGUUGUACAUUACGACCGUUAAUAAAAAAAAUCCAUUUCAUAAUUUUUUGUAAUUUAUUCUAAGUAAAAUCUAGUUCAAUAUUUGUCACAUAGACUUUUUACAAAAAAGCACAAAAAGUUAAGCACAAAUAUUAAUUGUAAAAUUAAAUUAUAGUUCAAAUAGGUCUCAUUUGUAAGAUUUUUCUUUUUCUUUAUUUUAAACACAUAAUUUUUUUUUGUAAAUAGCACUUUAGGUUUCACUAUACUGUGCUUCUAUAAUUUUUUUUUAUUACACCUAUAUAAUUGUUAGUGAUAAAAUUGAAUUGUGUGGUUAAAUAAUGUC